UACGAGUACUAAACUUAAAAAAAAAGAGUAAAUUUGACCUAUAUAAAACCCAGUAACUUAGCCACCAAAAAAUAUAGUAACACCUGACCUAACCCACAUAGUAAUUUCCAAUUGGCGCACUAUUCUGGAAGCAGAGUGAAGGAAAAACGGAGAAGAAGAAGAAGACAACACUAACACCGUAUAUGCGAAUCCAAAUCCUUAUGAGUUUGCCAGUGAAGUUUGUAUCUGUCUCCAUAUCACCAUUUAUUUCUUCAAAUUCGAUAUAUUGAUUUUGAAUCAUCGAUUAACAAUCAUUAUGCUUUACUCCAUCUCCUAAUAUUAAAUAGGGUUUAUAUUUUUGCACUGUUCUUCCAAAAUCUAUAUAUAUAGAGAAUUCAUUCCAAAUUACAUAGAUAUUAUUAUUAUGAUCGGUCAAGAUAUGAUUAUCUGGUGGCUUCAUUGUCCUGUUAUAUAUCCGCCAUUGGUUGGCGUUUCGUUUUGAUAUAUCGGAAGAUGUUGUUGCUGUCUUUGAUUUAAUGGAAAGGAAACUGUUAGAUAUGUCUCUUCUAGAUGAUUUUAACCAUUAUUUUACAGAAUUUGGUUUGUGGGUAUUUGGAGAAUUUUUCAGUCUAUGGGCUAUGAGAAAUGAUAUAGUAGAAAUAUGGGUGAUGAAAGAAUACAAAGUGCAUUCUUCUUGGACUAACACUCUUGAUAUACCUAUUCAUGACAAAACAAGCUGGUGAUAUUAUUCGAAUAGAUGGUGGUAAUGGAUUGGUGAAGUAUAAUGAUAAAGACAGCUCUUAGAAUAUCGCCCCGACUAUAACAGUCCACGUAGAUUCCAAGUGGCCAUGUACACUGAGUCUCUGCUUUCAAUCCCCGGUGACCGUUAGCAAGUUUAAGAAGACGACACAAACAAGAAGAAUGAGGUUUUCUCGCAGCAGAGUGAAGACGGAGGUAAAGGAGGAAGACACAUGGAGAAGAAGGCGACGCCGUUUCUGCCUCUUGAAAUGAUCAUUCAAAUCCUUUUGUGGUUGCCAGUGAAAUCUCUUAUACGUUUCAAGUCCGUUUGUAAGUUAUGGUUUAGUGUCAUCUCUGAUCCCAAUUUUGCAAAUUCUCAUUUUCUACUUGCCCAAACAAACUCUACUAGAAUUGUGUCUAUUUCAGCUGCACCUCCUCAAAUUCGAUCUAUAGAUUUCGAAGCAUUGCUUAACGAUGGUUCUGCUUCACCGAACCCUAAUUUGUGGCUUCCUCAAUCUUAUUUUCCUCUUCAAAUGAAAGGUUCAUGUAGAGGGUUUAUAUUUUUGCACUGUUCUUCAAACAACUACCUUUGGAAUCCAUCCACUGGAUUCCACAAGCAAAUACCUUUGUCUCCUAUUGAUUCCAGAUUUGGUGCAUAUUUUCAUUAUUUAUAUGGUUUUGGGUAUGACCAGUCAAGAGAUGAUUACUUGGUGGUUUUAUUGUCCUAUGAUCCAGCCGUACCUGCUCAUUUUAAAUCACAUUUGGAGAUUUUCUCAUUGACAGAUAAUACAUGGAAAAAAAUUGAGGAUACUCGCAUCCCUUAUAGGGGUCACUAUUAUUAUUAUUAUUAUCCCAAAGUAGGGUUGCUCUUUAAUGGGGCUAUUCAUUGGUUAGUCACUCAUCAUGGUUCAUCGGUGACUGUUAUUGUUGCCUUUGAUUUAAUGGAAAGGAAACUGUUAGAGAUAAGUCUUCCAUAUUCUUUUGUUGGCCAUCAUUGUGUCUCAGAUAUUGGUUUGUGGGUAUUUGGAGAAUUUCUCAGUCUAUGGGCUAUGACGGAUGGUAUAGUUGAAAUAUGGGUGAUGAAACAAUUCACAGUGCAUUAUUCUUGGACUAAGACUCAUGUUUUUCCUAUUGGUGCCAUCCCUUACUUUUCCCCUAUAUACUCUACAAAAAAUGGUGAUAUUAUUGGAACAAUUGAUGGUACUGGAUUGGUGAAGUAUAAUGGUCAAGGACAAAUGUUAGGGCAUUGCUCCUACUGUGACGAUCCACGUGGAUCUCAAGUGGUCAUGUAUACAGAGUCUCUACUCUCGCUCCCUGGCGACCAUGAGCAAGUUUAAGUCGACAACACAAACAAAAAGAACGAGGAGGAUUUGGGAACAGAGUACCUUGUCCGCCCUCUAGUCGCUACUGAGGAGAAGAAAGCAUCUAGUGAUUUUGAGUCUGUGGAGAAUGGUUUGGACGUAGAUGAAGUGGAUGAAGACGGAGGUGAGAAAGAUGAAGGGAAGCACUAGUUGAUGGAAGUGUUUGCUGCUAUAUUGUAUUGUUAUGUUGCAGUAUUAUUAGGUUUAUUACUAUAUUUAUCAGGUAAGUGCAUAGUAGGCUAAAACAUGUGGUAGGGCAACUUUUGCAGACUUGAUUUUUAUCUUCCACCCAAUUCUUAGGUCGGUAGAUCUUGUUCAUUACUAUUUUCGUCACAGCGUCACUCUGAAAUUGUUGGAAGAUCUCUUGUUUUAUACAAAAGUUUCCGGUUGUGUAAAA